AUGGGUGUGCUUUCUGGUACAGAAAUUAGAAAAUAUUUAAAUGACAACGUGGAUCUAACUUUAGGAGAUGAAUUCCGGUAUUUCAUUCAUCACAAUGGUCCAGUUCCGAUAAGCGAUGAGGCUGGUGCCAAAGAUUAUCAGAAAUUUUCUCGGAUCAUCUCAUACUUUCAUGAAAUUUUGAUCCCGCAGUUAAAAUUAAACGAAGGAAAUCCAUAUUAUCUUGGUCCGGGGCAAAUGUGCUUAGGCAUCACACGAGAACGAGUUAAAUUGCCACCAUCUUUGUGCGCUCUAAUAGAGGGACGUUCACGAUUUGCACGAUUAGGACUUUCAGUUCAUAUUACCGCGUCAUUCAUCAAUCCAGGGGGGGAUAACCAAACAGUCUUGGAAAUAUUCAACGCAUCCAGUUUAACGCUAGCGCUGCAUCCCGGCACCAAGAUCUGUCAAAUGAUAUUUAUAAAGAUGGAGGGCGAAGCCGAGUAUAAAGGAAUUUUUAACGGACAGGCCUUGUAA